AUGGACGAGAACAAACAUGGUGAAGCAGCGGAAGGAGAUGCCAACAACACUCCGCCUCCUCCCAAUCCUCCAACACAGACUGUUGGUCGUGUUGUCCCUUCAUCAUCCCUGCGGAUACCUGAAGAACCAUUGGAGCAACGACUGAACAAGUUCUGGGAUAAACAGUACCAAGAAAUUGAGGAGACCACUAAUUUCAGGAAUCACAGCUUGCCUCUGGCUAGGAUCAAGAGGAUAAUGAAGUCUGACGAGGAGGUGAAACUGGUAGCAGCUGAGGCUCCUGUGGUGUUCGCCAAGGCAUGUGAAAUGUUCAUUACGGAGCUCACAACGAGAGCAUGGGUUAAUGCUGAGGAGAACAGAAGGAGAACACUUACUAAGGCUGACAUUGUAUCUGCUAUGUCAACUACUGAUAUGUAUGAUUUUCUUAUUGAUAUUGUCCCCAGAGAAGACACAAGGGAGCAUCAAGUGCAUGCAGGCAUACCAGGAACAAGCAUGUUUCCAACUCCAGCUGAGAAUGUUCCUUACUAUCCUAUGCCACCUAAUCAACGUGUUGCAGACCCUGCAGGCCCACAAUAUGGUGUUCCGGUGAUGCUCAUGGGAAAUCCAAGUCUUGAUGAAAAUCAUCAUGUCCCGCAAAAUCAUCCUUCUCCAACUCCAAUGUUGCCCAAUCCUGGCGGACAUAACAACCAUUCUCCUAAUUCAGAUGAUUGA